AAUGACAGAGAAGGAUCUUCUUUACGACACAAUACUUGCUCGUAGCUUUAGCAAAAACGAGCAGAAGAAACUUGGCUAUGGAGCUUUCGUCGCCUCUCUUCUCUUCGUCUUCACUCUUUGCACUGUCUUUAAACCUUAUCUCAGCCCUCUACCAAUCGUGGAGUUACAAGUAUCAGUUGACGCUGGUCUCAGAAUGCUGAGAAUAACCGAACCGCAGAAACCACAAGCGAUAAGGAGCAGCAACGAUGCAGCAUCUGAAGAUUCUGAGGAACUCAUUGUCCCAACGAAGCAAGAUGAUGUUAUUACACCAAGUACAGUAAUUAUUACUCAAAGCCUAGUCGGUUCUGAUAAUCAGAAGCUUAGUGUGUGCAACGACACAAGCUUGCCCAAGAAUCAUCUUGAUUCGUUUAAUUGUACUACCAACACUACAAUCUCUAAAGAACAAGUCAUUUCAGAUCAAAAUAAAUUGGAGGGAACCAUGAAACCUAUAUGCAACAAGCUAGCAAGAACAGACUUCUGUGAGCUAAGCGGCGACGUAAGAAUCCAUGGCAAAUCCGCGACUGUUUUUGCAGCGAUCACGUUUGCGUUCUCGGGGAAUUCCACGUGGCAAAUGAGACCUUACGCGCGAAAAGGUGAUAAGGCGGCCAUGAAUCGCGUCAGAGAAUGGACGGUUAAAUUGGAACAAAACGCUGAUCAAUUAGAGAACGCUAGUUUAUCGCGCUGCGUUAGGAAUCACAGCGUUCCGGCGAUGCUCUUCUCCCUCGGAGGCUACUCAAUGAACAAUUUCCACGAUUUCACCGACAUCGUGAUUCCUCUGUACACGACGGCGCGUAGAUUCAACGGCGAGGUUCAGUUCCUCGUGACGAACAAGAAUCCACGGUGGGCCGAAAAGUUUAAAGAACUACUGAGGAAACUCUCGAAUUACGAAGUGAUUUACAUCGACGAAGAAGACGAAGCGCACUGUUUUAGCAGCGUCGUUGUCGGUCUUACUCGCCACCGUGAGUAUUACAAAGAGCUGACGAUCGAUCCUUCGAAUUCCGAGUAUUCCAUGUCCGAUUUCAGGAGUUUCCUAAGAGACGCAUACUCGUUGCGUAACGCCGCCGUGACUACGAGACAGAUGCGGCGGCGGAGGCCACGGAUUCUGAUUUUGGCUAGAGGCAGAUCGAGAGCGUUCGUGAACGCCGGCGAGAUCGCGAGAGCGGCGAGGCUAAUCGGAUUCAAAGUCGUUGUGGCGGAAGCGAACACGGGACUCGCGGAUUUCUCACAAACGGUGAAUUCCUGCGACGUGAUGCUCGGCGUUCACGGCGCGGGGCUGACGAACAUGGUGUUCUUGCCGGAGAACGCGGUGGUGGUUCAGAUUCUUCCGAUAGGUGGAUUCGAGUGGCUCGCGAAGACGGACUUCGAGGAUCCGUCGAAGGGGAUGAAUCUGAGGUACCUGGAGUACAAGAUCGCGCCGGAGGAGAGCACGCUGAUGCACAAGUACGGACGCGAUCACGAGAUCGUUAGGGAUCCAUCGGCGGUUGCGAAACACGGGUGGGAAAUGUUUAAGUCGGUUUAUUUGGUACAGCAGAACGUCAGCGUCGAUAUAAACCGGUUCAAGCCGGUUCUUGUCAAAGCUCUUGAGCUUUUGCAGAGUCAGUUGUCGGUAUAAUUAAAAUAUUUACUGCAUUCGCAUACUGUACAUUCGUGUAGUCGGAUCGUAAUAUUUAUUAUAAAAACACAAAUUGUAUACUUUAUUGAAAUUAAUCAGAUUUUCGAAAAAUU